CAGCUAUUUGACAUUGUGUUGGAAAAUAUUAUUUAUUUUAAAAAUCAGUCUCUCCGCAGUUAGCUUUAGUAAAAGUUGUGCAAAAAAGGAAGAAAAUAAAAAUUAUAAUUUUGAAUAGAUUUUUAUGACAUCUAGUGCAAAGUAGUAAUAGAAGCAUAAAUAUAAGUGUAAAGUUAACUAGAUUGAUUAUGUAGUAUUAUGAAAAAUAAUGCAUAAAGUUAAAAAAUGAUAAUUUUCAUUCAAUCUGAAAAGUGAAAAAGCUACCGAGAAAAUUUUUCUUUUUUUGUGCUUAUAAGCAGCAUAAAAGUGAAAGAAAGUAGAUAGGAAAUUUAAUAAAUUUUUUAAAAUCCCAAAAAAAAUAUUAAAAUUUAAAAAAUUCCCCAAAACGUUUAAAAGAAAUAUUUAAAGGAUAUUCACCAAUUUUUAUCAAGAACUAGGAGAUAAAUUAAGGAAAAAAUGACAUCAACUACAACAACAAACAAUGACAAUUUCAUCCUUUUUAAGCAGCCUGAAUGUAGUUAUGUUUCAUGUUAUUGCGAGGAGAAUGUGUGGAAGUUGUGUGAACAAGUAAAGAAACUAUAUCCUAAUGAAUUAUCAAAAUGUUAUGCGGUUUAUGUGUCAAAUGAACGAAGAACUGUGCCGUUAUGGAGACAAAAAGCUGGUAGAGGAGAAGACAAAUUAGUAGUUUGGGACUAUCAUGUAUUUUUCAUGCAUAAUCCAUCACCAAAUCGUUGCUUGGUUUUCGACUUAGAUACCACUUUGCCAUUUCCAACAUAUUUCCAUAAAUAUGUAACGGAGACGUUUCGUUCAGACUAUGCAGUGUCAGAGGAUCAUCAUAGGUUUUUUAGAGUAAUUCCGGCAGAAAUUUACCUUAAUUCGUUCUCAUCUGAUCGUCGACACAUGCGGAGACCUGAUGGUACAUGGAUCAAACCACCGCCCUCAUAUCCCGAAAUCGGCAACAACUUAUCGAAUCCACAUCGUUUAGAUGAUUUUAUAUGCAUGAAGCCUGGCAAAAAUCCCGAUCUUGGUAAAGUGUAUGAUUUACUGCAUUUCGUUCAGGCAUUCUUUCGAACAAAUAUAGACAACAACAAUACAAAAACACAAAAUUAAAAGCUCCACUGGAUGAUGCGGAGUCGAGAGGGAAAGAAAAGAAGGAAAAGCACUUAGAAGAACAUCAAAAAUAUUAAC